GGAGCCCUUUUUACUACAAAGUGACUGAUAUAGGAGGCUGGAUUGGGCAUAACUUGCUCUUUUUUGGUCUCAAAAUGAUCAUGUCCUCCUCUCUCAUUCUUAUUCUGUUGGGCGAGGUUAUGUCAAACAGGAGUUGAUUCGGAUUCAUCCUCACUCUUGUGGAUAAGUCUCUUUGGCUAUAGAGAGAUUUGGAAGAUCUUCUCGAGCGGAGAGAGAUAUUCCCCACGACAGUAGCCCGGCGGAGCUCCAUAUUGGUAUUUCUUCUUCACAUAUCGCACACAAAAGAUGAUGGCCAAUUGAAGUGAGAGAGCCCUGACAUCUUGGAUUGAUUACAAGUUGUUCUUUCUAUGAUCGACUAUGCACAGAAUGUCACUUGAAAUAGUCCAUUUUUACAUCUGGGUUACCAUGGCAGACGGCGGUGGCAAUGAGACAGGAGCCUUCAUCAACGACGUUCUAAGAGGCAUUGAAACUUCUUCUAUGCUCAUUUCAGACAUGGGCAAGAUAACAUUCAAUCCAUGUGUUGGAGAUAGUUUCACACAUUGAACUGAUAUGAUCUCACCGUACCUAUCACGUAAUAGCUGGAUGACCAAAUGCUGUGAGAGCAUUCAUGCUUACCUAAGUCAAAAUCUCAACUGCUCCUUCCAUUUUUAUUCCUCCCCUUCUCUAUCCUACACUCUCUAGCGUAUUUUUCUCUUUAUGCACAUUUCACCUUUAGCAUUCUGCCUAAAAUUUUGAUGAAUCCAGUUCAAGAUGGAGAUCGUCCCGGCUCAGUCAAUUCUUGCAAAACCGACUGUUAUAUUUGAUGCAAGACUCCGACCAUUCGUUGAGGAUGAUUUGGAUUGCAAUGACUUGAAAGCUACUCACAAAGCUCUUUCUGCCUUGAUUCAAAAGCCGGAAGUUGAAGACAUUAUUUGUAUCGUUGACAUUGACAUAUUGCCUCUACUUGCAGAACGUAGUGAUGACUGGGGAGUUAAAAGUGUAGCUCUGAAUAUAGAGGCUCUAAUUCCAAUUGAAAUCAUCGCCGUAGAUGGUCAAGAAAAGCCUACUCAUCUCACGCUUCGAGAUGUAUUGAGCCAUUUUUGUGUCUACAAGAUGCAUGGUACGCCGCCGCCGUUGACACAUUCAUCUCAAGGCUUUGAUAGCGUGGAUUCAGAUGUUGAAUACGAUGAAGAUCCAGAGAUACCAUCGGCUGAAGUUUUUGACAUGCCUCAUCAUGAUUUUGAUGGAAGUUGGGAGCAGCUUAUCUUUGAUCAAAAUCAUAAGGAAGACUUAUCGUGGAUGAUAUCGAAUAUGCUGAAGUUUUCUACAAUCGCAGUACCUGCUAAGAAAAAAAUGAGUCCAAUGGCUCUUUUUCAUGGUCCUCCAGGAACAGGAAAGACAACACUAUGUCAAGCAAUUGCACAACGAUUAGCCAUUCGGUUGAUCGAACAAUUCCCACACACAAAACUCAUCCAAGUCAAGACAGCGACGCUUUUAUCGAAGUACUAUAGUGAAAGCGCUAGUCAAGUCGAUGAUUUGCUUACCAAGAUCAAAACAAUGUGCCAAAUCAAUCCGAAACGCAUCAUCAUUGUACUGAUUGAUGAGGUUGAAUCUAUUGCAGUAUCGAGACACUCGGGUAUCAUGCAUGGAGAAGCUCAGGAUUCACUACGAGCUACCAAUGCUCUACUCACUGGUUUUGACAGGGUCAGAGCUUGUCCAAAUGUUGUUUUCAUGUCGACUUCAAACAUGGUUGAUUGCCUCGAUGAAGCAUUUCUCGAUAGAUGUGCUAUUCAGAUUCCAUUUCAACCACCUUCUGAGGAAUCUCAAUACAAAAUCCUAAGGGCAAGCGUGUUGGAGCUUGUGAGAAGUCAGAUCAUCUUAGCCGAUGUGUCGACACUCAUAGAUCACACGCAACUAAUACAUUCCUGGCAGGAGGCUAGGCUCUAUGCCGCCGUCCAAAGUGAAACUCCUACAAGGAAGCUGUUCAAUAUCAUUAUCCAGUUGAACUCCCCGGCUGCAAAGGAAAAACUUGGUAUAUCUGGUCGAUUCCUAACACAGAUCCCCGAUCAGGCUUUGAUGAGAUGUACUAGGCCAAACAAGUUAAUGCACUUGGAUAUUGCUUUGGAUUGCAUUAAGAAAUUCGUUGAAGACCUGUUGAGUUCACGAGUUCAGAAACGAAAGCCUUCCGAACUUGAAGUACAACUAGAUGCAAAACACCACUGCUGCUGUCUUGCAAAAAGAGACGGAUGAUCUUACAAUCAUGAGAUGAGUUUCAAGGGUGCCAGAUAGCAAUCGAGGCUGAUUGAUACAUGAAAGGAAAUUUGUGUGUCUGUGGAGUAUAUUACACUGUGUACUAGGUGGCUUUUUCAACUACUCAACAUUCAGAAUUGCGAUUCUUGCUGUAUAAUAUGUAAUAUCCUCAAAUGGCCGAAAUUGCAAAAUCAAAUAUUUUGCUCUACUUCAAUGAACAUGAUUCUUACAUUCCUAGGAUGACGAUACUUUUAUGUUGACCACUUUUGGGUGAAUAGAAAAUGAUAGUAUGGCACAAACACACUCCUCAGGGUUUUACAAUUCUAGAUUAUCA